UCUGACGAUCUACGCCCGGAUGUUCAAAAAACCCCAUUGCGAUUCUCACAAUGUCGUGGGAUUUACUGCUGCAAGGCUGUGCGAGUGCACAUCAUGAUCCCUCUUUAUCUCUCCGACUAUACCGUACCCUGUGGCGCCCUAAUCACGGCAGUGAAUUCCGGCCGACUUGGAGAAUUUUAUUAGGCAUUCCGACCCGAAAACCACACUGGCAGAUGUCGGCAUUGCCUCUGACCGUAACAAUGGGCGGUCUCGAAAGCUUCAAAUCCACCGAAGGGUCUCCAUAUUUGUGUACAGACAGCACAUGUCAACUGUGACACUAAUCUAUAGGAAUGAUCCACGAAAGUCGCUUCGAAAUCAGGCCAUCGGCGACUUGUCAUCCGAGUCCUUGUAUACACUACUUAAACAGGCCGGCCGUGCAAACUGUCUUCACAUUGUCCUAACUCUCGACGUCUCUGUAUUUCAAUGAAUCCCCACCAAUAUCGCACUCGGUUUUUGCUGGAUGUCUCAAAGAUCUUCAUAGUCCCUUCGAUAUCAUUGUCGAUAUGUCUUCGACUCGCGACCAUCGACUUAGGCCUAUCGCGCAUCCCGUCCUACAUUUUGUUUAGCGUCUUCAUCUUCUCCGCACGCGUCCAAUUAGACACCUUGAGGAAGCGAAGAGAUGCAUAUCAAUUCAAUGCCCGGCCCAUUCCUUGCGUAGUCGGUAAAUGGCCAGGGAACGUCGACAUCAUGCUGAAGAUGUUGAAAGCGUUCAAGGCCGCCUACAUCCAGGAAGUCUACCUGUCUCUAUUCGAGGAAUAUCAAUGUACCACGCUCAAUCUACGGGUCUUAUGGAGUGAUCAGAUCAUCACAAUGGACGCAGAGCACCAAAAAUUCAUGCUGUCGACAGGCUUCGAAAAAUUCUGGAGAGGCAAGAACCAGAAGGAGAGAAUGGAGAAUUUUCUGGGUGACGGAAUUUUCAACAGAGAUGAUGAGGUGUGGAAGGCUCACAGGCUCACGGCCCGACCGUUCUUUGCCCGAGAGAGGAUCGCCCAUUUCGACCUCUUCGAAAAAUAUUCAGCUCGCGCGAUCUCCAUCCUUUCUUCGUUUUCCUCCUCUAGUACACCCUGCGACCUUCAAGACCUCCAUACCAGGUUUGCGCUUGAUACUUCAUCCGAGUUUCUCUUCGGAAAAAAUCUCGAUACAUUAUCCUGCAAACUCCCCGUCGCAGGCGCCACCGACAACACAGGUGUUAAGGGCACGGUCACGCAUGACCGGUGGGGCUCUUUUGCCCAGGCGUUCGACAAGUGUCAAGAGAUCGCUACAAGGAGAGCUCGUCUGGGAAAGAUAUGGCCCGCUUUCGAGCUAUUCAAGGAUCAGACGGAUGAGCCGGUAAAGGUGAUUAAAGACUGGCUGGAACCACUCGUCCGGGAUGCGCUCGACGAGAAAGACAGGUUGCAAGCCAUGGACAUUGAACCUCCCGUAGAUCAGAAGUCGUUCUUGGAACAUCUGGCGAGCAGUACCGAAGAUGUUGCUCUCAUGCGUGACCAAGUGAUGUCCGUGCUACUUGCUUCGAGAGACACCACCGCGUGCCUCAUAACCUAUACUGUUUACUUCCUAUCCGUCCAUUCCGAUGUCCGUCAACGUCUGCGCGCUGAGAUCCUAGCUCAUUGCGGACCUUCGGGAGCUCCGACUCUUGAGACCUUCCGCAAAAUGAAAUAUCUCCGUGCCGUUCUAAACGAGACUUUACGUCUCUUCCCUCCGGUGCCUCUCAACGUCCGCGAAUCCCGAUCCCAACCAUGCACUCUUCCUCUCUCGGACCCAACGUAUCGUGAAUCUUCCCCGGAUAAUCCAGAAGCUUCCUUGCCGAUGUAUAUGCCUCCAAACACCCCCAUAAUCUACCUUCCCCUCUUGACACAACGGAACCCUACUUUCUGGGGCGACGACGCCCAGGAAUUUGAUCCUACGCGGUGGUUGGACGAGCAGAACGGCGAUGGACCAAAUCGGAUGGCGGACACGACGUCGUAUCCUCUCACUUUUGCUCCCUUCAGUACGGGUCCGAGAAUAUGUCUCGGAGUGAACUACGCCUACAACCAAGUGUCCUACUUCCUUGUUCGCCUCCUACAAAAUUUCGAUACCUUCGAUCUUGCGACAGACGUCCAGCCCGCAGAGUCGCUACCACCUGACAGCUGGAGAACGGCGGAAGGAAAGAGCAGGAAGAAGGUGGAAAAAGUCUGGCCUGGGGCGGCGUUGACACUUUUCAUCAAGGGCGGACUUUGGAUGCGGAUAGGCAAGUCAGCCUCGGACAGCGACGGACUUUAAUGAAUUAAAUAUACACCCACGGAUGUACGAAAUUCCUCUGAGGCUCCUUCUCUUUAUACUAUCAAAUGGCCUCGGAUGUACUUGGAUUCUGCUUUCCGUUUGAAGAACACCGGUGCGCAGCCAGGAGGAACCGUAUACCGGCCGAACUCUUCACACUGUAUUGUUAAACUUCAGCAAGUUAACUUGGACUCCUCGGUUCAACACCGUCACGCUGCCCACGUCCGUAUGUGUAGUAGCAUGGGAUGAUCGUUGUAGCUAGUAGUAGGAUCAAUGGGGCGCACGGCAAACAUUGUAUCAC